GUCACAUGACAUGAGGUUUGGUGGUGAGCCAGCAACAGAGACACUCCGGUCACCUCUAAGUGCUCUAUCAUUUUAGAAUAGGAGGCCUGCAUGUACAAUUUAACAGAGAUCACAGUUUGAAGGAGUGAUUGGAUGAUGCAGACCUUCACAGCCAUAAGAUCCUUUGUUUUCCACUAUCCUAAAACUAUUGCUGUGGUCACAGUUACAGGAGUGGGGCUUUUUGGAGCAAAGAAAUGGAUGGCAGGUGGAGUUUGUCACAGCAAAGCCCGACUGGACGGAAAAACUGUCUUGAUCACAGGAGGAAACACGGGGAUUGGCAAAGAAACAGCUGUUGACAUGGCUCGAAGAGGCGCCCGGGUCAUUCUGGCCUGCAGAGACAUGGACCGAGCUAAUAACGCUGCAGAGGACGUGAAGAAGAUGAGCGGUAGUGUCAAUGUUGUUGUGAAAAAAUUGGACUUGGCAUCUCUCCAAUCAGUGCGGCAGUUAGCUGAAGACGUUCUAGCGAGUGAAGAGAGGCUGGACGUUCUCAUCAAUAACGCAGGUGUUAUGAGCUGUCCAAAAUGGCAAACCGAAGAUGGCUUUGAAAUGCAGCUCGGUGUGAACCACCUGGGCCACUUCCUAUUAACGCACUGCCUGUUGGAUCUCCUGAAGAAGUCAGCCCCGAGCCGCAUUGUCAAUGUCUCCAGUCUAGCUCAUGAAAGAGGUCAAAUCUAUUUUGAUGACAUACACCAGGAGAAAGAUUACCGCCCUUGGAAAAGCUAUUCACAAAGUAAACUGGCAAAUGUUCUCUUUACAAAGGAGCUGUCCAACAGGCUACAAGGUACAGGGGUUAAUACUUACAGCCUUCACCCUGGAGUGAUCCGGACUGAGCUGGGACGACACUUCUGGCCCACGAUGCCCCUGUGGAAGAGAGUUGUGUACACACCGCUCAUGUUCUUCAUCAAGUCCCCAGCAGAGGGGGCUCAAACCACCAUUUACUGUGCCGUGGAGGAGAGCCUGCAGAAUCAAAGUGGACUCUACUACAG